CUCUCUUUCUCUCUCAGGCGCGCUCUCAUUCGACGUGUGCCACAGCGGGUGGUGGGUUUUUUCAGUUUCAGUGCCUUUGGGUUGGUUUCCGUCCGGUUUCAGUCUCUUUUCGUGCGCUUUUCCCGACAGUGUUCAGCAUUUUGGACUGCAGCUGCUUUGUCCUUUAAUUUUCAUUCAUUUUUGCAAUUUGCAGCUGAUUUUGCUGAUUUUGAGUUGCAAUAGUUUCAAUCAAUGGAAAUAUGCUUUCCUAUGAUCUCAACGAGCGUUUGCUGAGUGCCGUGCACAGCGGUGACUUUGGCCAGGCACUCAACUGCAUCAUUGACGGUGCACAGGCCACCUAUGUCUCGUCCACGUGCGGACGGACAGCUGUUGGCACCGCUGCCCUGCUGGGCGAUGCCGAACUCCUCGAGCUACUGGUGCAAUCCUGCGAGGAACCGCAACUAAAUAUUUUCCCGCAGAGCGCUCACACGGAUAACCUGGAGAUUGAGAGCACGCCCGAGGGCAUGGAGAAGCUGGAAUGGGUGGAUGAAUUUGAAGGCGAAAGCUGGUCAGAGGGAGAAGGAGGCGGAGGCGGUGGCGGAGGCGGAACAGGACUCGGCGACGAUUCACAACUAUAUCAUUAUUAUGCCAAGACUUUUGAGAAUACGGGUGAAUUUUUGACGCAGUGCUGCCUGAACUGCCGCCAACAGGAUCCGCAUUUGUAUGACUCGGAUUUGGCCACUCCGCUGCACUAUGCCGCCGCCUGGGGGCAUGCGGAGUGUGUCCGUGUGCUGCUCAAGCAUCAGGCACCCAUCAAUGUGGUCAACAGUGAGGGCUAUACACCGUUGCAUGUGGGUGCCGGUUAUGUGGAGGUCACUCGGCAGCUGAUUCAACAUGGUGCUCUGGUCAACUCCCGCACACUGAGUGAUGGCAAGACGGCACUGCAUCUGGCCAUCGAGAAUCGGAGCAGCGAAGCGGCUCAUCUCCUGCUCCAAACUAAUAUCAAUAUCAACGAAACGGAUGACGAGGGUGAAACUCCGUUGAUGACGGCGAUUGUGUGUGGCCUGCAGGAGUUGGCGCGGGAGCUGAUUGAGCGUGGUGCACGCAUCAAUCUGCAGGAUAAGGAUGGCAGUACGGCGCUCUCGUUUGCCGCCCUCGGCCGGCAUCGAGAGUUGGCCAAGCUGCUGCUGGAGAGGGGUGCCCGGCGGCUGCCCUCCCAUCAUUUGCUGCAUCAGUGUAUGGGUCCGGAUCAGGCGGAUCGGGAUAUGGUCGAGCUGCUGCUCCAGCAUGGCGAUAACUUGAGCUUGCGCGACUGCGAAAAUCUAACGCCCAUCAUGCUGGCCAUACAUCAGCAGUUGCCCGAGAUGCUGGAGUUCCUCUUGGAUCAGGCGGUGGAGCAGCGUCGCUUGGGCCUCUAUACGGAUGCUCACGACGAGGGUUUGCUGCUCUUUGCCGUCCAGCAAAUCGAGGAUGUCGAUCAGUUUCGUGCCAUUCUGCGUGUCCUGCUGGCCAAGUUGGCCAGCGCUCGACGGGAUCUGUACUGCUUCAAGGCGCCCACCUUUGUCUGUGGCUUUGUUUACAGCGAAACACCGUUGGCCCGGGCCAUCGGCCUGCAGCGCUUGGACAUUGCCCAGCUGCUGCUGCGCGAGGGCUGCAAUCUCUCCCAGAUCUGUGGCGAGUAUGUCGUCGAGGAGCUGUGCAACCACUGCUCAUCACGCAGUUUGGCAUUCGCCAAGUUGUUAAAACAUAUUGGUUUCCGAUUUCCCCCGCCCACCGAUACGAGUGACGAACUGAAGAUCACAGACCCGGCCCGUUGGGCCUUCGAUCAGGAUAUGCGUCAGUUGAGCACAGAGCCAAGGACACUCCAAUCCCUGUCCCGCCAGGUGAUACGACAGCAACUGCUGAAGGCGCUCCAAAUGAAUACGAAACUCCAUGUGAAAUAUUCGCCGACGGCGCAGAGUUCGACGAUAGCUCGCAUUGUCGAGGAGCAGCUGUGCAUGCCGAGUACCCUCAAGAAAUAUGUCAGCGAUUUUGCCGAGAUGCCCAUGUUGAGUGGCACGAAAUUAACCGGACGGAUAGUCCGAUCCGUGGACUCGUGGGAUUAGCAACGAACAUAAAUGGCGCGAGAAAUGUGUGCAAUUUCUAGUAUUUAUUUAGUAUAUGUGUGUAUGUGUAGCAUAGAUAGAGUAUCUGUAGUUUGUAUAUUGCCCCCCUUGGACUUUGUAGCAAGUGAAUUUUAAAUAUUUCUAGUUGAACAACAGUUAUCCAACAAAAACAACAACAAGAACAACA